UUUCGGUUCAUCUUUUUUAACUCACAAUCUCGCCCUUCUUUUCCUGUUUUUUUUUUUCUUUUCUUUUUUCUUUUCCUUAUAAAAAAAAUCCCAAUUUUUCCUCUUCAUCAUCGUCGAGUCUCCGAACCCUAGACCCCCUUCUUUUUCCGGCAAGAAAAAAAAAGAUGCAGCAGCAAGGGCUAAAUCCCCAACAGCAAGCUAUGAUGCAACAAGCUUUAUACCAUCAUCCCAGUCUCUUCGCUGGUCCUCAGAUAGAGCCUAUCUUGAGUGGAAAUCUUCCUCCUAACUUUGAUUCAGCUACUUGCCGCAGUGUGUACGUCGGAAAUAUUCAUCCACAGGUAUCGGAACCGCUUCUACAAGAAGUUUUCUUGAGUACUGGUCCUAUUGAAGGUUGCAAACUUAUUAAAAAGGAUAAGUCAUCCUAUGGUUUCGUGCACUACUUUGAUCGCGGAUCAGCUGCACUUGCUAUUGUGACUCUUAACGGAAGGCAUCUAUUUGGGCAACCUAUUAAAGUUAAUUGGGCAUAUGCUAGCAGUCAGAGGGAGGACACGUCGACUCAUCACAACAUUUUUGUCGGUGAUCUCAGCCCCGAAGUUACAGAUGCUACAUUAUUUGCAUGCUUUUCUGUGUAUUCCAGUUGUUCGGAUGCAAGGGUCAUGUGGGAUCAAAAAACCGGGCGCUCAAGAGGUUUUGGUUUUGUUUCUUUUAGGAACCAGCAGGAUGCCCAAAGUGCAAUAAAUGACUUAAAUGGGAAGUGGCUCGGAAGUAGACAGAUCCGAUGUAACUGGGCUGCAAAAGGUGCUACUUCCAAUGAUGACAAUGCCAAAAGUAUCGUAGACUCGAAUGGACCUUCUGAAGAAGGUCAAGAAAAAUCUAAUGAUGAUUCUCCGGAGAACAAUCCUAUGUAUACCACUGUUUAUGUGGGCAACCUCGCUCCAGAGGUUACAUCAGCUGAUCUCCACAGUCAUUUCCAUGCCCUCGGAGCAGGAACUAUCGAAGAUGUCCGUGUCCAACGAGACAAAGGUUUCGGUUUUGUGAGGUACAGUUCACACGAUGAAGCUGCUCUCGCCAUUCAGAUGGGAAAUGCUCGAAUUCUUUGCAGUAAACCAAUCAAGUGCUCAUGGGGUAGCAAACCAACCGCACUGGGAACAAGCUCUGGUCCUCAUCCUCCACCAACAGCUGCACAUAUGGCUGGUGGUGCUCAAGUAAUGAACAUGAUGCAUCCACAAGGUCAGUAUGCCGUUAAGGCACAGGCAGCCAUGGGAAUGAGUGGUGGUGAAGCUAGUCAGGCGAUGUACAAUGGCGGAUACCAAAACGUUGCGACAUCCCAGCAGCAGCUUAUGUAUUACCAGUAAGUAAAAAUGAUGGGAUAUUUUCUUCAUGGGGAAGAAUAAGUGUUUGGAGAAUUGAAUGUAGUGCUCUUCUAUUGCCAUUGCCAUUGCUAGUUUCUGAUGUUUCCAUUUUUGGUUUUCUUUUGCUUUGUCUUAAGACAGAUUUUUGUAGUUUUUCUGGUUUUCUGCUUGUAUUUUAUGAAUAGUUUUGUUUUGGUUUUUGAGAUGAUAUUUGAGACCGUUGGAUAUGACAGCCGUUGAUCUGUUGCUUUUUUUAAAGAAUUUAGUUGAUAUAUUAA